AUGGUCAAAAUGUUGACUCGAACACUCCUUCCCCUUCUUGCUUCCCUCCCUCUUUUCCUCACUUCCUAUGCAGCACCCCUCGAGUUUGACGGCACAAUUGAAGCGCGUGACGACGAUAAUGUCACCGCCCAAUGGACAUGGCUUCACUUCGAAGGCUGCGAUAGAACGCAGCAACAAGCCAUUAAAGACGCCCACGAAGACGCCGUGACCAUGGCCCUACACGUCGAAAACAUCGAUUUCGCCAACGACCCGGGCGCCAUGGACUUCUUUGGUCCCAGCGCACUCAACAAGGAUUGGCAGAGCAACAUCCAGUCUGUCUUCGACCACAUCGGCACGUUCCGGCUGAGCGAUGUGUGGCCUGGCUACAAGAUGAACGCGCGCUGUGGAGCCGCAAAUGACCAGAAGUACCAGAACCGGUGUAAUCGACAGGGUGUUAUUGCGUAUCAGUGGAACACGAAGACUGAUGCCGCGAACCCGAAUAAUGCGCCGCGGUAUGAUAAGUAUGAUGCACUGAGCAAUAUGCACUUUUGCGAUCAGUUCUUUUACUAUAAGAAUCUUGGUGAUGCGAUCAAUGAUCAGAAGGACAGUGAUAAUUUUAAGUGGAGGUAUGAUCUUACCAAGUAUAAGAAUCAAGCAUACAUCAUUCUGCACGAGAUGAUGCACGCCUCGGUGAUGACCUACAAGCAGAACAACAACCGCCGCAUUACCGACCUCAGCAUGCACAUCUACGAGUACAUUCAGAAGCCCGAUAGCCGCGACUGGAAGAAGAAACUCGCCAAGGUGGACGUGUACCAGCCAUACUACUGCAAGGUCCUUGCACGGACUGCGCGAGAGAAGAUAGCUGAGGAAGGAAUCACCAUGAACGCCGAUAACUACGCUCAGUACGCACUGUCAAAAUACGUCCAGUCCAAGCUGGAAGGCAACCAAUACCCUUGGCUCCCGCUCGCCGACAAACAAGCCGAGGAUUGGUUCGGCAGGACCAACGCCCUCCUCGUGUAUGACAGCGAUGGUAACUUCGGCGUAAACACCGGUGCUCUCCCCAGCGACGUUGCAACAGACGACGACGCAGACACAGACUUCACAGCCAACGACCUCGGCGAUGACGAAGUCGUUGAGCUAGCUAACGAUCCCGACACCGACACCCUCGCACCCGACUCAGACUACUCUGAGGACUUCAACAGCCAACUUCGGCAAUGGGCAGACUACAUCGAUACACCAGCUCCCGAGUGUGCUGGCUCCGCAGACGAUCGCAUCGCAUUCCCUGCCUCUGACGCCGAGACGGCUAUUAAGAACUUCUGUAGCGAGGACGGGCUGUACGGGAACGUCUUUGUGCCGCCUAUCAAUAUGGGCACUGGACAGACGACUGAUGGCAAGGGCAAGGCGCUUGGUUCGUCUGGAAGCUAUGAUACUAAUGGUGGCAAUGAUAAGAUUUGGGUUGGCGCUUACUUUGCCGGUGGUGCCUGUACGGGGUCGAUUACUUGGCCGCCUACUGGGCUGGGUCUACGUGAUACAGAUCUUUGCAUGGAUCGGCUUAGGACUGUGCUUAAUGGGUGUGACACGGACACAACGACAAGCAAAUAUGGCGGAAGCCUGCAGGACGUCUGCCUAGUCUACCAAAUCCAAGCCGUCGGUAAAGACGACGAAGACCCCACAGGCACAGUGGCCAGUGGUGAUCACGGCGGCGUCGAAUGCAAAGACACCGACACUUCGAUCCUGGGUGACUCCUACAAAGACACCUGCACGUGCUGGUACAAGGAUAUCCCCGACCAAACGGACAUCUUCGGCCACCCCAAGGAGGGCGAUUGUUCAGGUAUCGAUUACAUGCCUGCAUACAGUUACUUGGAGGAUCCGGAUUAUCAGCCAGAGAAUAUCCAGCCUGUUGCUACUGUUACGGCUAGGGUUUUUUAG